CAGCCCGCCGCCCAGGGCGGUGCGCGGCGGGCUCUGCCUCGCAGCCGCCCUGGCUGCCGCGGGCCUGGCGCGGGCGGCGCGGGGGCGGUGGAGGGGCCGCGGAGGCCCGCCGCCCCAGGGGUUCGGGGCCCUCUGUGCUCGUCCUGUCGCAGAGUGGCGAUAUGGUCGGGCUGGUGGCCACAGGCGACGAGAAUUUCUCGCUCGCACGCCUGGGCACAGGGUGUGAAAACUGGAAGGAGAUAGGCAUGGGCGAGACGGUUGUGACUGCAAGCGCCAACCAGUGCGCGGGCCUGUGUCGACGUUCGCCGAGGUGCAUAGGCGUCAACUGGCAGCCGAGGUCCUGUAAGGGAGGCGAGCAGGUGCAGCGAGGCGCCUGCAUCUUGUUGGGAAGCGCCUGCUCUGUCGAGGAGAACCCCUGUUGGGACUUGUACGAUGUGAGCGGCAGCGCUGUCCCGCAAGGAAAUUCUGAGGGCACCGUUGCCGAGACUACGCCCAGCAGUACGCAGACGACCGUCACGCUGCGUGCAGAGGCCGCUACGGACGACCCAGUGAGCGAGGCAACAUCCGUUGCCGAGACUACGCCCAGUAGUAUGCAGAUGACCGCCACGCUGCCUGCAGGGACCACCACGGACGACCCGCAGAGCCAUGCAGCACGUGACACCGUGCAGGCAACCUUCGCACUGCCCGCGGAAACAAUCCCGGACGAUCCAGAGCUCCAGGCCGCGGUCCUGGAGGCGCUGCAGGAGAUGCUCGCCGAGGAGACCGGCGCGGCGCAUGUCUCCGUCGCGCUGAUAGAGGAGUGGGGCGAGGAGCACGCCGAGGAGCUUGCCGCACUGCCCCGGCAGCGGCGGCGGCUCCGCGUGGCCGCACCGGAGCAGGAGGUGGAGGUCACGUUCACGCCCGCUUCUGCGGAGCUCGCCGCCACGAUCGACAAGCAGCAUGAUGUCUUGAAGUCCAAGAUUUGCGAGACUGCUGCGCGAGUGGCGAGGGAGCUCGACUGGGAGGCGUCAGGAGCAGUGGGUCAGGACCAAGCUGGCCCCAGCGCAGCCGCCGUGGCGUCGAGGCCAGAGAGCAGCCAGGUAGACAGCAGCCAAUCUGACGUCACCUUUUACAUCGUCCUCGGAGUUCUCGGCACCAUGAUGCUGGGCGGCUGCGUGGCCGUGGUCCAGCACCACGAGGACCAGAAGAUGGGGCUCGAGAACCCACGAGGGUUCCGCAGGCAGUUAGUGCCGCCAGGUGGCGGCAAUGACAAAGGCGCCGACGAGCAGGCGAUGGAGCUGCAGCAGGCGCAAGAACCACCCUCCAGGGGUUUCGGAGACGCCCUGGCCCUGGCGGAAACGGACCUCGUGCACAGCGCAGCUGCGGGCGCCACCGCGCUGCAUGUGCGGUCCACCCACGGCUUCGGCAGAGGAGAUCGAGUGCAGAUCAUGAGCGGCAAGGGCAGCGAGACCAAGGUGGUUUGCGGCUUCGACGAAGCUACGGGCGCCAUGUUGGUGUACAAUGGGCUGUUUUACACCCACGCCAUGGGCGCGUUAGUCAGCAAAGCACCAGGCCCCCCGGCCCGCUGGCAGCACGCCUGGGCUCGUCGACGACAGGCCUCUGGAGUGACCCGCCGCGCCGGCACCGCCGCUCGCUCGAGGGCAAAGCGUCGGUCGUGAAGAGCACCGCUGGCGCACCAGAAAAUG